CUGGAAUCGGCUAUCAAAAACAUGCUUCAUUGCCCGGUUACCUGCAACAUGAUACACAGGGUCCCUAAAAUCUAAAUAAUGCGGAAAGGUCAUGUUGGAGCAGGGUUUAGAGGCUUUUUUGUGGACCUUAUGGAAAAUAUCGAAACACCACAGCGACCUUCCAGAGUGUGAAAGUUAAUAACUUGUAAGGAGCUAGGGUAUCAUCUGUAGAGAAUGGAAACUAGAAUAAUGACGCCAAGUUUAGGAAAAUGUAAAUGGAAAAAUAAGUUGCCUCAUUAGCAAUACGAUCUGUGAACUGCGUCUACGUACAAAAUUUAUAACUACGUGCAACUGCUAUGGAGUCGCAUCAGAAAAACCCAUUUCAUUUGCCCCCCUCAGGAGCGCUACCCAGUAUUCACCAUAGCACACGACAUACAGGCAACAGGGCACGCACAACCCGACCCGAGAGAAAAUUCACCCAUUUUUUAUCCCCAGAGGCGCAACUUGCUAUGGCGCAGGCCGAGGAGGACACGGUUUCGAUCCGGCAGACAUCGUCUGCUCACGUUCGGUCAACUUCACCGCCUAAACGCCACCAUGAGCAUCACAAGAAGCGAAAACAUUUAAAUAAGCGCCACACCUCUUUUACGGAACUUUUCGAAAGAACGUCUUCUCGUUUAGACGGAGACAUAACACAGCGUCCCCAUACCCAUCAACAUCAGCGUGAACAUCACGGUCACCAUAGCAACCACGGGUUCACACAAAGACGAGCACUGGGGGACCAAAAACUGGACAAUGCCAUGGAAUUAGUCGAACACGUGAACCGUGACGAACCUUUUGCUCAUAGACAUCCCUUUGAGGAGCUUCUGGACGAAGAUGAUAAAAUCAUUGAAGAAAUUGCCCGCAGAAAUGCCCUUGAUAAAUGCCACGUUUGGAUGCAAUCUCAAGAACACUUCCACGAAAACCCCAACGGGCAACACGAUGACGACGAUCACCUACUCGAUGAAUGAUGCCAUUAAAUGUAAUUCUGAAACAUUAAUGCGGAUUUAUAUGCCAUCAGAUUAUGCUUCUGCACGGACCGACCUUAUUAUUCAAGAAACUACGAGAUCAUAUUUCAGAUAUUAAUCAUUGAAAGAUCGUGUCAUUAGUCCUUUUGUGGACUAACAAGUGGUUUCGCUGUCACGAUCCGAAAAGAGCAGCAACAGCCUGAUAAGCAUUCUUGAGAAGAAUUAAGAAAUGUCAUUUGAAAUUUACUCAUCAAUAAAACACAUAAUACCUAUUUUCUCUCUGGCAUUUUACCUGCUAAGAUAAUCAAGUUGCUCAAAUUCAGUAAAAAAAAAUGCCAUAUACACCCGCUUAUGGAGGGGGAAACGAAACAUUAUUUGCCAAAUAUCAUAAAUAUAACCUUGCACAUCAAUCAGUGUUUUGUAUGUCUAGUUAGAAGACGUUUUAAAAAAGCGGAGGCAUAGUGGCUUGGCGUAAAUGCUUUUAAAUUUAAUUUGAAAGUAUUUCCUGCCAGACCUGAAAAGACUAAAGUCAAAUAGGACGAGCACGGCAAGUAUUGAUUAUAUGCCAGUUAGUGCAUAUGGGACACAAAACUCAAUACUUCAUUUGAUCUCAGAACUGUAGUAUCUAGACGUUUUCAUUGUUAU